CCCGUGGACAUGCCCUCCUCACACAGUGACAUGAAAUCUGAGAGAAGACCCCCCUUACCCGAUGUGAUUGUACUCUCCCACAACGAGCAGCCCUCCAGCCCGAGAGAGAAGGGGCUGAUCACGGUGGCCUUGAAGGAGACUAGCACCGAGGCUGUCAUGAAAAGCAACCCAAAAUAACGAGAAAGGAUGUUCAAGCAGCUGAAAGAAGAGUUGAGGUUAGAAGAAGCAAAACUCGUUUUGUUGAAAAAGUUGCGGACGAGUCAAAUACGAAAGGAAGCCACCGCCCAGAAGCCCGCAGGUUGUGUCUGGAGCGCCGUGACCACCCCUCUGCUGCUUGUUCGGGGCACCCAGAACAUUCCUGCUGGCAAGCCGUCACUCCAGAUCUCUUCAGCUUGGAUGCCUGGCAGUGUCAUACCCCCGCCCCUGGUCCGAGGUGGGCAGCAGGCGUCCUUGAAGCUGGGGCCGCAGGCGAACUCGCAGGUCAUCAUACCCCCGCUCGUCAGGGGGGCCCAGCAAAUCCAUAGCAUUAUGCAACAUUCCAGCACAGGCCCACCGCCCCUCCUGGCCCCCCAGGCAUCGGUGCCCAGUGUGCAGAUUCAGGGACAGAGGAUCGUCCAGCAGGGCCUCAUCCGCGUUGCCAGUGUUCCCAACACCAGCCUGCUCGUCAACAUCCCACAGCACACCCCAGCAUCACUGAAGGGGACGACAGCUUCCUCCGCUCAGGCCAACUCCACCCCCACUAGCGUGGCCUCUGUGGUCACCUCCGCCGAGUCUUCAGCAAGCCGACAGGCGGCCGCCAAGCUGGCGCUGCGCAAACAGCUGGAGAAGACGCUACUCGAGAUCCCCCAACCCGAGCCCCCAGCUCCAGAGAUGAACUUUCUGCCCAGCGCCCCCAACAGUGAGUUCAUCUACCUGGUCAGCCUGGAGGAGGUGGUGCAGAACCUACUGGAGACACAAGCGGGCAGGAUGUUGGCCGCCACUGUGCUGUCCCGGGAGCCCUACAUGUGUGCACACUGCAAGACGGACUUCACGUGCCGCUGGCGGGAGGAGAAGAGCGGCGCCAUCAUGUGUGAGAACUGCAUGACGACCAACCAGAAGAAGGCGCUCAAGGUGGAGCACACCAGCCGGCUGAAGGCCGCCUUCGUGAAGGCGCUGCAGCAGGAGCAGGAGAUUGAGCAGCGGCUCCUGCAGCAGGGCGCAGCCUCUGCUGCACAGGCCCAGGCCAAGGCCGAGGCCGCCGCCGCCCCACAUCCCACGCUGAAGCAGGCCUUUAGCCUGCUGUCCCAGGGUUCGGCCAUGACGCCCCGAGAUGUCCUGCACACGUUCAGUCAGUCACCCAAACUGCAGAACUCAGCCUUGGCCACAGCCCUGGUCAGCAGGACCGGCAGACAUUCCGAAUGAACCUGUCAAGGGCAGCAGCACCUCCAACUGGAAGAAGACGCCCCUCAGCACAGGCGGGACCCUUGCGUUUGUCAGCCCAAGCCUGG